AUGGCCAUCGAUGCGGCCUUGACUAUCAAGCACGCGUACGACAGCGAUCACGAUCCGGCCGGUGCAUUCGACUUCUGGCUUAGUCCGUGUGGCAACCAUGAUCUUGCCCCAGAAGACAUCAGAAAGGUGUAUGGCAUCGUCGCUGACGUCUCGGGGGCCAUCACAGGCUGGCGGGCACCGAAGAACAUUCCCAAGGGAAGCGGCAGAAAGGACGACAAGGCCAAUCCAACGAACCGACCCAGUGCCUCCGUGAAGCCUACAAAGACUGCCGACAACUGCAAGAGACAAGCUGCAGGGACGCGCGGCGACAGCCUAGAUUCAAGCUAA